AAGUUAAUAUCCCGGAUAACAUCGAAUGAUGGCCGAAACUUCUCCAAUCUUCGGUUCCAACCCGUCGAAACCGGCGCAAGAUCCAUUAUUUUACGAUAAAGCAGACACUCCAAAGACGAGAGCGUUGCAGAUCGCCUUCGUUUCUUGUGUCAUCAUAGCAGUUGGGAUCACGUUCAUUCUUUCUAUUGUGCGAGCUUUACAAGAGGAUGGCAUCUAUAUUCUGUUGUUCGUCAGUCUUAUUAGUUUUGCGCAAACCGAAGUCUUUCUGUUUUGGUGGAUAAGAAAAGGUGACGUGCCCAAGGAGAAGUUCAACUGGCUAUACAUCAUCGGCUUCUGUGUUCUGAUUGAAAGCAUCUUUACUGACAUUCUUCUGUUUCAUGCAUGACUUUUCACCCUUGUAUCAUACGAUUGUGUCCUAUUGUUGAUUUGGAUUGUUGCUGAUAUUUGAAUUUGCUACUAGUUGAAAGCAAUAAGCUGUAUGCAAAACAUGAUGUAAAUUUUGUUGUAAUCAGAGUGUGGC